CCGGAUAAGAAUCGCUCACACGUGUACAAAUUCAGAAAUGUGUCUGGUAAUAUAGCAGUUCUAGAGUUCUUAUCUCUCCGGCAGCAAACUAGAACAAAAGAGCGGACUGUCGCUUGUUUUAUCUCAGUUUUCGGCUCACUAGUUACCAGAAAGAUGUUUCUCGCCGUUGUCUGUAUGUUGGUGUGUGCAGUUUCUGCACAAGCCCCCGUUCCCUGCAGUUCACCACCACAAUGGGAAGGCCGGGAGAUAAGGGUUGACCCCUCACAGAAGUACGAAGAGAAACGAUUUUUGGCUUAUGAUGAAACACAGCAGAGAGAAAGAAUCAUGACAGAAAUAGAAAUUGGGUCGGAGAAGAAACUUUACGAUAUCCUUAUCUUACACCGUGAGAAUAAAAUGUAUGCUGUGGACUUUUUAACUAAGAAAUGUAAUAUUACUACCAUCAACCGUCCUUUCCGCCCAAGGGGUGUCAUUCCCGGAUCAAAAUUCGAGGGCGAGGUUGUCAUAGGGGCUGCAGCAAUCCCCAAUGAGUCUGUCACUGUCCUGGCAUUCUCUGGAAACUUUACUGGAGAGGCUUAUACUGGGCUGGUCUCUUCACCAGACUGUUUCCCCAUCCAAAACAUUCACUUCUCACAGAAAUAUGGAUUUGAACAAUCUACAUACUAUGACAUCAAAGUUGGAAUAUCAGAUCCACAACUCUUCCUCCCACCUAGAGAAUGUACCACACCCCCACCAGGGUAUUAAAAAAACGUCAUCAGAAUUUCACAGAUGUUAGGAAAUUAUAUUACCCCUCAUGUCUUCAUCAACUCAAAGAAUUUAAGCGACACGUUUAUAUUGUAGAUCCCAAGAAG